AUGGCUGAGCACCUCAAUCAGGAAGAGGAGACCCUCUUGCAGUCGGCUCUGUCGACAGCGUUCACGCCCAUACCUCUGCCUCACCAAGCUGCUCAUACCGAGCCUCCACAAGUAUUCUCUGAAUCCGUGACGGCUGCUGCUGCAUCUUCAGUUCCGGGACUAGAUCUUGGGUCAAGUGGGGAGCCGGAGUCAGGCGAGACGGUCUGGAAAGCUGAGUACGAGGCACACGUCGCAGAAUGGCGCCAACGGUCUGCAGAGCAGCGGCAGAAGGCGGAGGAGGAGCGCGCACGCUGGGAGGCGAUACGGAGGGAAGAGAAGAGCGCAGAGAGCGAGGCGGACGUUGCUAGUACGCACGGGAAGGGAGAGAGCGGCUGGGAGAGCCUCGGUGCGUCCGGUCUGAGCGGUGCAACAGCUGCCACCUCUCCCUCUCUCGCAGAUGUGCGGGAUCUCGUGUCUGGCGAGGGCCAAGGUGCGCAUACGAAGGUGUACCUCGAUACUGUCCUUCCUGGCUCUUCGCAACGCCGCGGUACGUCGGAACCCGAAUCACCCAAGCACGAUAAGUGGGAGGACAUCCCGUCUUCGCUUGCCUCGUCCUACCCCUCCAUGUCCUUCCCCUCAGACCCACACUCGCCCUCCUCCUCCCACCCCCACGCGCUCCCGCCGCACGCACGCUCGCACCCGCACGACCACCCUGCGCACCAUCAAGCCCCUGCGCACGGCGACCACCACCACGCGUCGCACUCGACAACGCUCGCCGUGUUCGACAGCACGCUCUCGCCCCGCACGCGCGUGCUCGCGUUGCUCUCGAGCCUCGCGAUCAAUUUCUUCCUGCCUUUCGUCAACGGCGUCAUGCUCGGCUGCGGUGAAGUCUUCGCCAAGCACGUUAUUGUCGGCUGGCUCGGUUGGCCGAUAGCCAGCACCAAGCCUGGCUCAUUAGCGGCGAAUGUUGGAUUGGGCAGGUCGAAGGGGAAAGAUCCGCAGAGAGAGCAGACAAGAAACUCCCAAUAG